AUGAUAAAAGUUUCCUCCUCCCCUUCUCCAAAGCCUCAUCGGCUCUGUAAUCACCAUGGCAACAGACGGACAGCACUGAGGAGGAGAGAAAUAAGGGUGUAGUUAGAAACAGGGUGGUGUGUGGAGAGGGUGAGAUUUGGAGAGCAGCCGGUGAAAGUGCAUGAGAUCGCAGCAACAGUGUUUUCUUUUGCAAAAGAGGAGGAAGAAGGGAGACACACGAGUGAAGAAAAAUCUGUGGCUUUUAUUUUCAUUUGACUUUCUCUUGCUGUCCAACAUGUGGCUCAGUUUGGUGAUGCUGUUCGUCUGUCUUCCCCGGACAGAGCUGGCUGAAGUUUGGACUCAACAACAAACAGAUUAUUUGUACAGUGUGACCUCAGAGGAGCGUGACGAGAUGACGGGAGGUGAGGGUCAUCCUCACAGAGCACAGAGGUCUCCCUCAGGACACGCCAUGAUAAGCAGGGGGGUCUUGGGUGGAGAGCUAACCAUUGACACCCUUCCAGACAACAUGACACAUGUAGUGGAGGAUUCUGGCAAAUAUUACACAUGGCGUAGCUUUGGCCCCGAUGACAAGCGCACACAGGAACUGUGGGUAGACAUGAGUGACAUCCGGCACGGCCAAGUUAGAGUCCAUGGAAUUCUAUCAAAUUCAUACAAACAGGCUGUGAGGGUCGCCCUGUCAUUUGACUUUCCCUUUUACGGACAUUACCUCAGGCAGAUUACCAUAGCAACGGGAGGGUUCAUCUUCACAGGGGACAUCGCUCACCGCAUGUUGACCACGACACAGUACAUCGCCCCACUAAUGGCUAAUUUUGACCCCAGCUUCUCCAAAGACUCCACUGUGCAAUACCUAGAUAAUGGUGAGAUGUUUGUGGUCCAGUGGGAGCGGGUCAGACUCCCGGGCAAAGAGUCAGCAGGAGGCUUCACUUUUCAGGCCGCACUGUACAAAACGGGAACCAUCACGUUCAGCUACAGAGACAUACCACUGUCAUUAGAUGUGAUCAGUUCUGCUGAGCAUCCAGUGAAGGUCGGUUUAUCCGAUGCCUUUAUGGUCACAUCACGUCCUACUCAAUCACCAGAUUCCCGACAGCGGACGAUUUACGAGUACCACCGGGUCGAAAUGGACACGACAAAGAUCACAAACCACUCUGCUGUUGAGUUCACUGCACUGCCGACCUGUCUGCGACACGACAGCUGUGAGCUCUGCCUCUCGUCCAACCAAACCUCAGGUUGUAGUUGGUGUCAUGUUCUCCAGAGGUGUUCGGAUGGCAUGGAUAGACACAGGCAGGAAUGGUUGGACUACACCUGUUCAGAGGAGAGCAAAGAUGCGACCUGUGAGGAUUACACAGGGGGUGACAGCCACACUGGCUCCUCUGUCACGCCAGAGAUUGAGGAUGUGACACAUCUGACGCCUCUACAAAAAGGCUGUGAAGGUGAUGAUGACACCAAACAUAUAUUUAAGACAAGCAAUGAUGUGAAAACAGAUUCUUCAGUCAAGAGUGAAGGCUUUGUCAACACAGGAGUGAUUGCUGGACUUGCAGUGGCUCUUGCGUUACUCUUGGCUCUGAUACUUGUCGCUCUGUACAUCAACUGCCAUCCUAAUGUUGCGUCAUCACUCUACCUCAUUGAGCGACAGAAGAGCUACUGGCCUUCACUGAAGUUUCAGAAGCAGCAGUCCGGUUACACAGAAGUGGACGAAGGACACGAGAAAUACAGCAUUGUUGAAGCCGGGCCCUGUUGAAGCCACAAAUAGAAAACCUGGAAUAUAUUUACAUUGGACUGAUCUCUAACAACAUUCCAAGACAGACACUUGUCCAAAACCAGUUUGCCCUUUUUAUUCAGUUUAUGUUUUUUUAAGCAGCAUUGCAAAAUGGAUGAGAUUGCUUCGAUUGUUUGGCUUGGUUAUAGCAAACCACAAAUUUAGCUCUCUACUUCAAUAAAUAGUAGGUGGAUUUCACCUUUUAUACUGAGUGCACACUUUGGAAAAAUACAUCAGCUAAGCUGUUUUACAUUAAAUAAAUAAAGAACUAUG